GUUGAUGGGCUUGACUCACCAGCUGAUUGUAGACUGAGUCUUAUCAACAGCCGGGUUUAUCAAUAGACUUAUCGCUGCUUUAAACCUUCAUAAGAAAAAUUCCAUGUCCCACUCUUAGUACUAACUUGAAAGUCGAACGAAAUGGAUGGAAACAAUUGGUUACACUAUAGCCACGGUGCUUUGCCGCAAGAUGCUGUUGUUGCUGGCCACGAUUCCGAUGGGGAUACCAUAUUUGUUGGACGUGCCUAUCACAACAACGAUCUGAUGCCGGCAAAGAUAAUUCCCAACAAGGGCAAGGCGUACGUGACAUUUGCCGGCCAAGAGAUUGAGCUGGAGAACUACGAGGUACUCAGCGGUCACAACUACGAGUGGCUGCCCGGUGCAAAUGGAGAGGUGCCAGCUGGUGCUGUCCGAGUGGGCCGCAAUGUGGAUGGCGAAGAUCUGUAUGCUGGACGCGGCUACCAUGCCGGCAGUCUGACUGUAGGAAAGGUACAUCCCUCCCACGGUUGCCUCUACAUUCCAUAUGAUUCCGAUGAGGUCAAGAUCUUUGAGUACGAGGUUCUUUCUCGCCGCAUGGAAAUGCGAUAAGCGUUUCUUAAAUGAAUGUCCACAGAUAGGUAGAUUUUGUACAAUAAACUGAAAGUUUUAUAGAUGUUU